GAAUGUGAGGAGCCUGAAACCAAGCAAACUCAUCUGGAAGCGCUGCAGCUGGAACUAUGAUGAGUCAUCCCACCGUAGGCCGACGGGUGUUCCCAGAACAGCGCCUAGAAUAACCGAGGAUAGCCGACAACCACUUUUCAUAUGCUCUUCCAGUCACCUAUGUUCUCGACUCCUUUUCCAUUUUCCCAGUUUCCCAUUCUCCUGCUUUCCCGUUUUCCUGUUUUCCUGUUUUCCUGCUUUCCAGCUCUUUUUGUAUGCUUUGAUCCUCCCCGCCCGUAUCCGGCGUUUGUGGUACAAGCAGACAUGGAAAAGUACAUUGAAUCCUUGCUAAAUGUUAUCAACCACUUUCACACCCACAAUUCGCCCAGCCCCAAGCACGUCAGGAAAUUUCGCUCCUCGAUCGGGUUGUUUCCUGAGGACGGUCGCGAGUCCGACGACCCAUCAUCGACACGGUCAAAGCGUAAGGGCGCAUGCGUAUUCCUGACCAAGGUUCAUGAGGACCUGGGAUUCCGUAUGUCUUUGCUGUGUGCUUUUACAUUCGGACCGACCACUCUAUACGAAAUCGGGCAACUCAGCUCUUUCAUUGACGAGAUGAAGGACAAAAUCACGGGAUUAUUGCAGGCUGUUGCCGUCAAUUUCGGGGCUAAUAUCAAGAGCUACAAGACUGAACUCAAGGCAAAAAUUGGGGCAAAUGAUAGGUAAACUCUCAGGUGGCCGGAUCAGUUCUAAUGCCACGAUAGCCAUCUCCGGCCAAGUGCAGGGCCGAACUAAGCGUAAGAUGAGCGACACGGCUGCGCAUAGCCAGUCGACCGCGCAGAAGAUCAGGCGCGCAACAUCACCGAGAGAAGAAGUGUUUAGUGAGGCCGGCACCACUGAGCCCAGCACCGGUCCACCAGUCAGCAACGGUUUGUUGAACCCCACUUUCCGGC